AGAAAAUAUAUGCUCUGCUUAAAUAUAAUAGACUGGAGAGUUUCUACAAUAAAUUUCUUGAACUUGGUGUGAAAGAUGAGAACGACUUCAUUGAUGGCAUUGAUGAUGAAACCUUAAAAGAAAUGGGGUUCAGUCAAGUGGAGAAGAAGAGAUUUGAAAUUAUGCGGAGACGCAUUGGAAGGCUUGGAAGCGUUAAAAAGUUGAUGCAGAAUUUCAGUGUGAAAUACACAUUCCCCAAAUGUCCUGAGCUCAGGGAGAUCAAUGAUAUGGAUCCAUCUCAGAACACACUGGAGGAUCUGAUGCUCCGGAUUGCCAUUCAGGAAAACAUCGGAAAUGACAAAGCUGUGUGUCUUUACACAGUGGAUGGAAUGCCUUUGACAGAUGAUUCUUUCUUCAACACAUGGUGUUUCAAUGACAGACACAUUGAAAACGGAAAUGAGAUUUAUGCCAUAUUCACACCCAAGGAGAACAUACAGACUCCAGUUAAAAGCAACCCACAAUACAGGCAGGUCCCUGGGGCUGACACUGUCCGGUGCCACAUCAUGCUCAAGGGAGAUUAUGAAAUCAAAGUAAACUUGGACACAGACAACCUACAAGACCUGAGAAAAGAGCUGUCUAAUGAAACAGGAAUACCAGCACAUGUCCUGCAUGCCAAAGAUGAGGAAAAAGGUGGUGGCACACCCUUGAAAGAUCUUGGCAUCAGCAGUCAGUCAAUUCUGCAUUUCUCCCUUUCGUCACUCAAUGACAAGUAUCAGGAUAAGGCAGCGUUCUUCAACAAUGAUACUUCAGCUUCCAUCACACAAACAACGAAAGGAAUGAGUGUUUUCCUCUCAGCCUUAUAUGCCAUUCACAUGCGGCAUUCAAAUGAGCAGUUUCUGAAGGUCAUCACAUACAUACGGAAGCUCACCGGAUGCAAUGCAUUAGCCCUGGCUUUAUAUCAGAUAAUGUGCAAGGGUGAAUUUGGGACCAGGAACCAGAAGAUUGCAGUAGUGGAGGGACUCUACCUUCUCUUCAGAGAACUGUUACCCAGUUUAACCAAGAGGAAUGGUCUGAGGGUGAUUGAAGAUCAUGAGGUUUUUGAAUACUCAACAAUUUGCUGGGCCUACCUGAUGUCUCAAGCGAAGGAAAACAGCCAACAUACGGAAGUAUAUGCUACAAUGCGGCUGACAUGUGAAGGAUCAGGCAGUAACCUAUGUGAGCCAGUUUGGAUUCCUGGGAUCACUUCCGUUUAUGAGAGAGCAUUUAUUCUGGACAAAAUAAGGGAUGAACAAAGAAUUCCAAAUUGCACUGAAGACAACCUAAAGGAAACAUCACUCCAGAGGGCCAGAAAUAUUGAGAAGAUUUUAAUGAGCCUUCCUCGCCAGACUCAGUACUUUCACCAGUGGAUCGCCUAUGAUUGUGGUCAUGGUCACAACUUUCAGGUCAAGCCAGAGAAGACAUAUGAGGAGAUGGCUGUUGGGUUGUCAGUGUAUUCUCACCUGGAACUGACUCCACCUUUACAACUGGAGAGUUUAGGAAUGGAAAGGCCCCGCCUCAUUCUCAUAGCCAAAGAUAACUGUGCAGUUUAUCUGAGCCGAAAGAAAGGACUACAAUCACUGGAAGUCCAGGUUUUUGAUUGUCUCACCGGGAAACAAAAGGCUGUCGAUGUGGAUGAACUGGCAAAAGGACUCAAAGAUGCCAGAACAGACCACACAUACAAAAUCAGUGGGGUGCCAGAAGAGGCAAUAUUGGUUCUUGUUGAUGCAAGCUAUUCAAUGGCGGAGGUAUGCUACGAACAGGAUCAGACACGGAGCAGGAUGGAUGCUGUGAAGCAGCUCUUCCUGGCUUUCAUGGACAGGACCAGUGCAUACGCAUUUCAUCAUAUCAUUGGUCUGGUUAAGAUUGGAGGACGGUGCCCGGAAUUUCAUGAGUUCACAGAGAUUGUUGGACUUUUUCAGAGGUAUGUCAACAGUCUUGAAGCCUGUGGAGUCACUCCCCUGUAUGAUGCCUUGUAUCUUGGAAUUUCUAAGCUAAACGAUGUCAAGAAGAAAUUUCCAGACUGCAGACUCCGCAUGCUGUGUCUCAGUGAUGGGACGGAUGUAGGUUCUAGAUGUGAUCCUGUGAAAGUUGCAGUCAGGCUGAUUGACGCCCACAUUGUAGUGGACACUGUCAUGCUUGGAGGAGAGGAAAACAGUGUCCUGCAUGGAAUCAGCAAUGUGACAGGAGGUUGCUGUUUCAAACCAGAGACAGGUAAAGAGGCAUUAAAACUCUUUGAAAUGGAAACUGUCCUGUCUUUGAAGGGAAGGAAACUGAAGAAAAAAUAUGAGGCAUCCUCUAUCCAAGGACUGACUGAUUUGUCUGGCAUUUUGCAAGGAAAGGGCUAUGACAAGGAACCGGAGGUUUUACUUCCUAAAGAGGUCAAUGACAAAGUGACGUUGCCACUAAUUGCUUUGCAUAAUGCACCCAAGCAAACCAAAAUGAUGAGCAGGGAGAGACGAAUUCUGGAUGAGCUGAGGAGCCUGCACGUGGAUCCCCAUCCGUACUGCACAGUGUUUCCCUCUGAGAGCGACUUCAGUUUCUGGAAGAUUCUGAUGUCAGGGCCUCCUGAUACACCAUAUGAAAAAGGAAACUUUGAGCUCUACUGCCAAUUUGGGGCAGAUUACCCCGUCAAACCCCCUCAAGUGCGUUUCCUCACUCCUAUCCACCACUGCAAUGUCAACAGUAUUGGACGUAUCUGUCACCAUAUAUUUGAUCGGAACUACUCUGCAAACGUAACAAUGAAAGAGAUUCUGGAUUCAGUGUUCGGACUCCUGAUCGCAGCUGAUCCGGAUGAUCCUUUGGACAGUGUCGUAGCUGAGGAGUUCCUGUCCAAUCCACAGGCUUAUGUGAAACAAGCUGAAAAGACCACUGUAGAAGCAGCAGGCACAUCGUUGGAAGACAUGGAGAAGAAAUUGGUGGGUGAAGUUUUGAGCCAAGUCCAAAUUCCUCGUCAUUUAGUUUGCCCGCUCUCAAAAAAGAUGUUUAUUGAUCCAGUGGUAACCAAAUACAGAGAUGUCUACGAAAGGAAAUGCAUAGAAAACGCACUGAAGAGGCGAAUGGUAGAUCCAUUUAACAAAAAGCAUCUGAGAAGAACUGACCUGAAGCCAGACAAAAAAAUGAAAGCUAUGGUAAAAGAGUACCGGAGCCUUGAAAUUUCACAGCCUCUUUCUAAUUGAAUAAGUGUUCGGACUGUUGGGGGUCUCAUCCUGUUAAGGCACUGAUGGACCCCACAGUUACAGGCAUUGUAGAUGAUGAAAACCCCAAAAAAGAUCUACCACAGGAAUCAUCACUGUCUUAUGCCCUCAAGGUCUUCAGUAUGAAAUGUCCUGAUUUAUCAUACUAUGCACUAUAAGUAAGACCCCUUUGAGUAGUUCAAAAUUAGCACACUUUAUCAAUAUUUUUCCUAUUUGUUUAUUAUUAAAGAAAAUCCAUAUCUAUGCUGGAUUGGCAACAUUAAUUUAGCUUUGAUUAGCUCAAUUGUUAACAAAACAAUUGUUUUUAGAGUGAUUCGCAAAUACUGCCUUCUCUGCCUUCUCUGCGAUGACUCAUUCAGGGCUUCUGUUGUGUUUUUAGCAGAUGCUAUAUUAUAUCUUUUCUGACUGGGCUUCCUUUAGGGAUUUUUAUUUUGACCAGUUGUCCUUUUCUGCUAAUAAAUAUACUGAAUAACAUAUUUUUGUUAGGAAUUAAAAUAUAAUUGUCAAUAGUUAAUGGAAGAAUAGACAUACAGACAUACCAUCAAUUGUGGAAAUGAAAAUGUGAUUUUUUUUUUCUGAGCUGCAUAUUUCACAGCAAUAAAUUUGUAAAGCACAAAUUGCAAUAAAUGAAAGUCUUUCAAUAU